CUUCCCAAUCUGCGUCCUGAUGUACCGGUCAAGAAGAACGGCGGAGUCUUUAUUUCGCCAGCAGGCGUCAAAAUCGACAUACCACCAAAUGCGUCGUCAGGUCGAAAAGAACGCCUCGUCUGCUCCACUCUUCCCAGCAUCCUCAGAGGCUCUGUCACGCCAUGGCUAGGACCGAACUUGAGACUGAGCAGUUGCAUUUUCCUUGUCUACGCGCCAGUCCCAUUUCGGCAACCGAUCGCCAUCUUUCUGCCAUUUUCAUUUAGUUCGGUCCGAGAACUAAUGCUACCCGGGCCCUGGAACAAUUUUAUGAUAACCACCGGCACCAGCGGCCCCCCGACGCUCGGUUCCGCGGCCGUCGAACCACAGACGCAACAGGACUCGCAUCUUGCGCGACACUCAAUGCCUAACUUGGGUCGUCCGAGUACCAUCAACGGCAGUCUUGGUCAAGAAGGCCAGACAUUGGCAAGUGCAAAUGCAGUCGUCGCCCCAACGACGAUGACAACGAACGCCGGCGGCUCUGAAGAGAAGGUUCCAGGGACGAAAGCCAAAUCAAUGGCGGAUUCUCCUGGAACUGCGACUGCGUCGGGGGCAGCCACAUCGUCGGUGACGACGACGACGAAGAAUGAAAUGCCAGCGGCGGGUGCAAAUGCUAAAGGUGAUUCUUGCUAG